AUGCUGAAGAGUCACAUUACACCGUCGUCGCAGAGCAGCGAUGGCGAUGGUAAUUCAGACUCUAAAGUAAACCAACAUAAAAGUGACGAUUCCUUCACAAAACGCGAAGAUUUUGACAUAAAGCGACUUAGUCGAUUUCUACUAAAGCUCACCACCAACUUAGACGUGAAGCAUCUCGAUCUAGACAGCAUAGUUUCUACUGUGGAAGUCGGGUUACCUGCGAAAGUCACUUUGGAUGAAUUGUACGGAUUAGUCAGCGAGACCUUGGCUUCCAGAACUAUUUACCAUCCUGAUUACGCGUUGCUAGCAGGACGUGUAGCAGCUCGUCGAAUUCAAAAACACGUCAGCACGAGUUUUAGUGGAGCUGUUAUCAAAUUAUGGAACCAUAGAAGUAGUGUCACUAAUAAUCGCAGUAAUGGUAACAAAACCUCCCGGACUUAUUCAAUCGUCUCCGAAAGUCUCUACAAGAUUGUUAUGCAACAUCGCCACUUCUUCGAUAGCCUCAUAGAGAAGGAUAGAGACUUUGACUUGACUUAUUUCGCUAUCAAGACAUUGGAAAGAUCGUAUCUAUUGAAGAUCAACGACGAAAUGGCAGAAACGCCUCAGUACAUGUUUCUCCGUGUAGCCAUCGGAAUUCAUGGAAACAACCUCGACGACGUAGUAGAAACAUACGAGUUGAUGUCCAGCAGAUACUUCAUCCAUGCCUCGCCUACGUUGUUCAACGCUGGCAGUGAGUACAACUACUUGUCGUCUUGCUUCCUUGUCGAUAUGGAAGACGACUCCAUUGAUGGCAUCUACAAGACGUUACACAAAACAGCGUUAAUAUCGAAGGCAUCUGGAGGUAUAGGCUUGAACGUGCAUAAUAUUAGAGCAUCGGGUUCGCUUAUAGCCAGUACAAAUGGAACCUCUAGUGGCUUGGUGCCUAUGCUCAGAGUAUUCAACGACACUGCCAGAUAUGUAGACCAGGGUGGAAACAAACGUCCGGGAGCAUUUGCUAUAUACAUAGAGCCGUGGCACGCUGACAUCUUCUCUGUGCUUGAUAUGAAGAAAAAUCACGGCAAAGAAGAAUUACGUGCUCGAGACUUGUUCUUUGCAUUAUGGAUACCCGAUUUGUUUAUGCAAAAAGUCAAGGACGAUGAAGACUGGUGUUUGUUCUCUCCGGACGAAGCUCCAGGUCUAGCUGAUUGCUAUGGUGACGAAUUUGUAGACCUUUACAACCAGUACGAAGCUGAAGGAAGAGCCCGUACUGUCGUCAAGGCUCACAAGCUUUGGCUCGCAAUUUUAGAAUCUCAGACAGAAACUGGUGGUCCUUACAUGUUGUACAAGGACUCAUGCAAUAGAAAAUCUAACCAGAAGAACUUGGGUACGAUCAAAUCUUCCAACUUAUGUUGUGAGAUUGUAGAAUACUGUUCCUCAGAAGAGACUGCCGUGUGCAAUUUGGGCUCCUUGGCCCUUCCAGCGUUUAUCAAAUCUGUUUCGAUUGACAAUCUGGAUGAAGAAGUUUUGGAAUUUGACUUCGAAAAAUUGCAUUCUAUAACUAAGGUGUUGACUAGAAACCUCAAUAAAGUCAUAGAUGUCACAUUGUAUCCUGUUGAGAGUACCAAGGUUUCCAACAUGAAACAUCGUCCAAUUGCGUUAGGAGUGCAAGGGUUGGCUGACGUUUUCCUUGAGCUAAGAUUGCCAUUUUCGUCUGACGAAGCCAAGAAGCUCAACAUUCAAAUCUUUGAAACCAUUUACCACGCUGCCGUUGAAGCUUCCGUCGAAUUAGCUAUGAGUGAGGGUCCCUAUAAUUCCUUUGAAGGUUCGCCUGCCUCGAAGGGCAUAUUGCAGUUUGAUUUAUGGGACCACAAGCCUUCUGAACUUUAUAAUGAUUGGGAUUCUCUAAAGGAAAGUGUGAAAACCCAUGGACUUCGUAAUUCUUUAUUGGUAGCACCCAUGCCUACAGCAUCCACUUCUCAAAUUCUCGGCUACAAUGAAUGUUUUGAACCUUACACUUCGAAUUUGUACACUAGAAGAGUGCUAGCAGGUGAAUAUCAGGUGGCCAAUAAGUACCUCGUUAAGGAUUUGAUAGACUUGGGAUUGUGGAAUUCAGCCGUAAGAAACAAGAUCAUUGUGGAUAAUGGCUCUAUCCAGAAUAUUUCUAGUAUACCUCAAGAGUUGAAAGAGUUGUACAAAACUGUCUGGGAGAUAUCGCAGAAGGUUAUCAUUGACAUGGCUGCUGACAGAGGCAAAUUCAUUGACCAGCUGCAAAGCAUGAAUAUUCAUCUUCAGAACCCUACGUUUGGAAAGCUUACAAGCUGCCAUUUUUACGGUUGGCAGAAGGGCUUGAAGACAGGUAUGUACUAUUUGCGAACGCAAGCUGCGUCUAGAGCAAUUCAGUUCACCGUCAACAAUGAGGAAAUUGAGAAUAUGGAUACAGCACCUGGUGCCACCAUCAAAAGCUUGCACCGUAAAAGGUACAAACAAGUAGACUCUGUUGAAAUUCAAGAGAAUGUAUCCUUUUCGCAAGAGCGGAAGAAAAUGAGAACGAAUAAUCAAGAGCCGUAUGUGACUCCUGAAUCGCAAUCUCCAUAUGAAACUGGUAGUAAGCUGUUUGAAAGAAUUGAUAUCUACGAUUCUACUCCAGUUGCCUGUGAGCUAAAAGACGCCGAACACUGCGAAGCUUGUUCUGGUUAG